AUGGAGUUACCUACAUUCAGCGAGGGCGAUGAAGCAAAGGAGGAAGCAUUCGCAACAGGCAACCCGGCAAUGACCCUGUCGGAGAGCAAGCAAAGAAGCGAAUGGUUUACCAUGACCACAUACACCGGAAUAGCUGCCAUAUUGCCCGUGUGGUUGAUCAUCAUGACCUCGCUCCCAUGGAUUCGGAGAAACCACUACAACUUUUUUUACUACAGCCACGUCAUUCUUGGUCUGAUCAUCUUCAUCGCGGCAUGCAUCCAUGCCAGUACCGAUUUUUACCUACUUCUUCCCGGACUUUUCCUCUGGAUCGCCGACUGGGCAAUCAGGCUAUUUGGCGGACAGACAGGCGGCCUCGCCUUUAAGACGGGCGCGACCCUGGAAAACGCAGGCAAUAAUUGGCUCAGAAUAUCCACGCACCUUCCAGUCUCGAAGAAAGCAUCAGCUAGCACCUUUGACCUCGUCCAGGAGAAGGGAGAAACUCUACACGAACCCCUCAGCUACUACUAUCUCAGCAUCCCAUCCAUCAGCAAAUUCCAGAACCACGCAUUCACUGCAGCAGUUUCUGCUUCCACCGGAGCUGGCCCUACUUUCCUCUUGCAACCCACGACCGGAAAGAAGCAGAAGAGGCUUGACAAGGAAUGGACUUGGAAGUUGGGCGCCCUCGUCUCACAAGCCUUUGAGAGUACAGCUGUUGAAGUACGAGUCGAAGGGCCUUACAGUGUUGGUGACGACGGCUUCAAGACUGCCUCUCACAUCGUAUGCAUUGUGGGCGGAACUGGUAUCACCGGUGCCCUGAGUCUAGCAUAA